AUGGCGUGGACAUGCUCGGGCGUUUCGAACGCAACGAUGAUCCAGCAACUGGAAAGGGCCUCGUUGCUCUCCACGUCAGCCGUUAUCGCGGCACUCCACCGCGUCGAUCGCGGCUGGUUUGUGCCGGAGCGUCUGCAGUCGUCCGCGUACCGAGAUCAACCACUGCCCCUCGGCUACGGUGCUACCAUCAGCGCGCCCCACAUGCACGCCAUUAUGUUGGAGCUGCUCGCCCCGUUUUUGCUGCGAGCAACCGAAGAUCCGCCGAAGACAGUGCUGGACGUCGGCAGCGGUAGUGGUUACCUCACAGUUGUCCUUGCCGAGCUGUGCGGUGAGGAAUCACAGGUGGUGGGCGUGGAGCAUGUCGAGGAGCUCCAGCAACGUUCGUUGAAAGUUGCGCAACAACGUUUCGAAACGUUGGUGAAGAGUAACCGUCUUACAUUUGUUAAAGGUGAUGGUAGGGAUCUUACAACGUUGUUUCCAGGUCGUUCAGUCCUCUUUGAUGUGAUCCACGUUGGCGCGGCCUCGGCGUCCGUGCCAAAAACGUACCUUGACGCACUGAAGCCUGGCGGAUGCCUUAUAAUACCCGUUGGGGAGGAGGAUGCAGCGCAGCGUCUGCGCCUUUACACAAAGAGUGGUGAUGGAAACAUUACGAUGAAGUGUUGCGGAGGAGUGCAGUUUGUCCCGUUGACAUCACUGAGGCAUCAGAUGAAGCGUUGCUGA